GUCGAGAAAGACAACCAUCAAAAAAAAAAGAAAAAACCAAAACCAAAACCAAACAAGUCAAGUCAAGAGAGAUAAGGAUAACGAGAUGGACAACCAAGCACUACUACUACCAAGCGACCAGGAAACACCAACACCACAACCGACUCGAUCUGGUAGAAUCCCACUCAGACCGACCAGCACAAGCUUAAACCCACUCGACUUCCUCGAAUUCCCAGACGAGAGCGAAUCAGAUGACCCUGACUUCGACCCACUACUACUCCAACAACAACAGCAGCAACAGCCCCCCACAUUCAAUCACACUCAGCAGAUCGAACAACAACUUGGCUUUGACUUCUCAAUCCUCUCCGACCUUCCUCAACCAACCUCAACCUGGUCACCACUCACCAACGACAACCAACCCAGUUUCAAUCCAUUCAAUCAGUUUCAAACAAACGAAACACUCAACGAGCUCUCCCCACUCACUCAGGGCGAAAUCGCUGGCGUACCCUUCGUCAAUAUCAAUCUACCCGAAUCGGAUGACUCUCCUGAAUUCAUCCCUCCCCCCACCACUCGUUCAUCUGCCGCAGCAACAGCAGCAGCUAUCGCAUCCGCAUCCUCCUCCUCAUCUCGGCCAUCCAAACGAACCAGGCGCGAGACCAAUUACACUGCAACGGCCGAUCAAAACCCACCCGCCAAUCGCUCCCUCAACCAGCCCACUGCCGGGCCUUCUAAACCCUCGAAAUCCACCAAGCUUCCCGCCUCGAUCUCCAAUCGAUAUGUCGCCAUCGCCCCCACUCCUGACUCAACAAGCUAUCAGGAUCCCGUACGACAACAGACCAAUUCUAAUCGGCAAAUCAUCGAACGUAGCGAUGACGACGAUGAUGAUUCAGAUCAUUCCUCACAGACCCAUCGUCUUCCAACACACGCCGAAAUCGUCCAAAGGAACACCGCCAACCGCUCGAAACCUGGCCCCAAACCCCGCAAAAAUCUCGCCUCCUUUAAUCAUGACCUUCCUCAGUCUUCUUCUAACCUCGAGAAUCAUCAGUUCAUCGAAGAUCGUGAAGAUUCCAUGAAACGCAAAAGGGAGGGCAUGCGCAAGAAUCGCGAACGCAAGAAGAUCUAUAUCGUUUCGUUGGAGGAUCGAUGUCUCGAACUGGCCGAAGAGAAUGCCAGGUUGAGAGAAGAGAAUCAAGAGUUAAUCAGAGAAUCGCGAGAGAAUUGGAAGAACAAAGCCAAGUCAUUAGAAGUCUUCAAGCUCCUAAACCAACAGAUCCAGCGGCUCCAACAAGGCACCCCCACCGCCGUCGACCUCGUCUCUCCGCCCUCGAACUCACUCUCCACUCGAUCGUCCCACCACCAACCACAACGCAGUCGCCAGUCCCUGAAACGCAAAAACGAGGAUGUUUACAUCAACGAUGAUGAGGAGGAGGAGCUGGCAGAACCUCAUCGUCUUCUUCGACCCACUCCUACUACUACUUCGGCUUCUACUAAUCGGUCUGCAAAUAAUUCGGCUAAACAAACUAACCCUUUCUCGUCCUCUAAUCAAAACCUGACGCUCAAACGCGCCUCCGUUCCUUCGUCUUCUUCGUAUUCUCACCAUAACUCUACCGCUCGCGGUCGUACUUUACUCGACGUUCUGUCUCUCCAACAUCGUAAAUCUUCUUAAUCGUUUUCUUCUUUCCCUUUUCCUCCUUUGCUUCUCUCCUUUUUUGGUACUCCCUUCAGUUCAUUUUCUCUUCUUCUUUUUUCCCUCUCUUAAUUUCCUUCUGGGUGAGGUGUUAUAUCCCCCCCCCCAUUUUCUGCAAAGUUCUGCGUUCUUUCUUUCUUUUAUUUAUUCUUCAUGGAUUGAGAUCUCCACUUAAUUAUCCAUUACUUAUCGUUUUUUUUUAAAAAGAAUUUAGAUUGGUUUACUACAGAUUGUUAUUAGUUCGUUCCGUUCCAAGUUUUUCUUUCUUUAGUCUUGGUUUUAUGGGGUUUUUUUAUCAGUCUUGGUUUCAGUUUUUUGGGGGGGCUUUUGUGUUCAGUUUUGUUCAUGAUGAUGAUGGUGUGUAUAGUUAACAGUUUAUGAUAUCUAUAUCCGAAUAUCCUUUAAAAAAGUUUUAACAGUCAUGUGCCAAAUAUUAAAUCUACAUGUUUGUGUUUGUUAUCAUAAAAGUGAAUGAAGUUCAACACGUG